CUCAACCAACGGAGUUCCCUACUCGUUGUCCCUAACCAUGGUUACAGCUGCUGUGACUUCUGCUGCUGCGGUUGGUCCGCAAACCCGCCUCGGUCUGCCACUGCCGUCGUCUGCCGGGCUUCUCCACUCGACCCGUCGGCAUACAGUGCUGUCUGCGCGGCGCCACGCCUUCGCUCUUCGCCGCUGCGUAUCUGUCGCAGAUUCCGUUACAGGUACUCCCGUUGCUGCUUUCGACACAGCUAAAAGCAUCAGACAGCAAAAGCUGGGCGGCGCCAUGGGAAUCGGAGGCCAAUCCGUUCCCGACGGGAAUUCUCACCUACCAGCCAACGCCCCCCAGCCACUCGCGGCACUCGCAUCCAGCACACCCGUAUCCGCAGCCGCAGCUGGCGGCGGCUUCCCCACUCCCCCAGCCGCGGAGCCCCCGACGGGUCUCUCCAUGGGGCUCUCCUCUCGCUGGUGGCCAGGUGCGGCUGAUGUGUCGCCCGCAACCGCCGGCCAGCCAAUGGCGGCGGCUGGAGGCGGCGGCGGCGACGACGCGGUGACGAUCGUCGUGAUGGGCGAUCUGCAUCUGGAGCCGGGCCAGAUGAGCCUGUUCCACGAGGCGCGCGAUCAGAUCGUACGGCUGGUCGCUGGCCGUUCGGAGAUCCCCGUUACUGGCGACUCCGAUAGCACAGCCGACGACAGGAAGGACGCGAGGAGCGGAGAAGCUGGCAAUAUAAUUGACGGGGAAAUCAAAGGUAGUACUAGUGGUAGUGGUAGUGGUAGUGGUACUAGUAGUGGUAGCAGUAGCGAGCGCGAGAGCGAUGCCCCUCCAGCGAUCCCCCCGGCGCUGCUGGUUCAACUGGGGGAUGUGGGCGGGUACAGCAACAAGCCCGGAUCCGCGGAGUGCUUCCGCUCCGCCGUCUCUUUCCUCGACUCCUUCCGCUUCCCGCGCUUGUCUGUUACUGGUAACCACGACCUGGAAGGUGCCGAGUUCGAGUCCGACGAGCGCAACUUACUCGCGUGGAAGGAGGCGUUCGGGCACGAGCACUACUGGCGGCGCGAUCUGGGCGACGCCGGGGUUUGCCUGGGAUUAUCGACCGUGCGGUUUAGAGACUCGCAGGAUAGCUGCCACGAGGUGUUUGUGGACGAGGAGCAGGUAGCGUGGAUGACGGCGCAAUUGGCAGCGGUGGAAGCGGAAGGGAAGGGCCGGCCCGUGUUUGUGUUCACGCACGCUCCGCCAAUGGGGUGCGGGCUGACGAGCCUGCAAGAAGUGCACGUGCGCAAUCGCUGCGCGUGGCUCAACCACUCCUGUCCCGCCACGUCACGCAAGUUCCUAGACCUAGUCCGCUCCCACCCGUGCAUUAAGCUGUGGUUCUCUGGCCAUUUUCACCUCUCGCACGACUAUGAAGGGUCCCUUUCCCGCGUCUCCUCCUGCCUCUUUGUCCAAACCGGCGUUAUGGGCGGCUGCCACCGCGACGGCCGGCGGCACUCGCGGGUGUUACGCGCGACGAAAACGGGUUACCACUUGCUGACGCUGGACCACUCGGCGGAGGAGGUGCGCACGGACGUGCGCCACGUGUACGAGAACGAGGCGCGCGGGAUUCCCCCGCAGCGCCUGUGGUGCUCCACGCUCAGCGGCAUGAGCGCGUGCGCGGCGGGCGGAGCGUUCAGCCCGGUUAUGCCGGCGGAUCUGGCGGCGAGAGACCAGGACCAGUUCCCGCCCUUCGCUAGAGGGGGGGUGGGGGGAUGGGGUAGGGCGAAUGGAGCCGCAGCAGCAGCAGCAGGGGCAGCAGCAGGAGGAGCAGGGGAAGCAGCAGGGACAGGUGCAGCAGAUGGUGAUGGUGCUGGUGCUGCAGCGGCGGCAGCAGCAGGAGCAGCAGCAGCGGCAGGAGGGGUAGCUCUGCCCUCUCCUGCCAAGCGCCGCAACACCAAUUCCUCCAGCAGCAGCUGCAGCAGCAGCAGCAUUAGCAGUGCAAGCGGUACAGUGCGGUGGCUGCAGAUGGGCGCGACAGUGCUGGCAGUACACGCGAACCAGAUCAUCCAGUUCGACCCGGACUCGCGCGCGCCCAUCGGGAUUGUGUGCGACGCCGUCAACGGCAGAAGCAUCCGCCUCGUUGCCAAGGGCCGCGUGGGUGAUGGGGAGAGGAGAGGAGAAGGGGGAGAAGGAGAGGAGGGAGUGGGGGGUUUGCGGUCUGUGGGUGGUGCACCGGUGCUUGAGGCUGUGGAGCUGCAUCCCACGGAGGAGUCCAAACGGCUGGCCGUGUCGUCUCGCCGCGCCAAGGGGUCGUUUGAGUUUGAGCGCAUUGAGCGGAAUGCGGAUGGGGGGUUCUGGAGGGUGUUUCAGCUCAACAAGUGGAGGGUGAGACUUGCUAAGGAGGCAGCUGAGGCUGCUGCUAAGGCUGAAGCCAUGGCGGCUGCUUCUGCUGCUGCUGUGCCUGCUGCUGGUGUUGCAGCUGGUAUUAACUGAUGCUAUAGGCCUGCUGGCCAUUGCGCAAAAAAAUUGCAACAGAGACAGUACUGCUGAGCAGCAUGUGAGGAAUGACUUAUCAGAAUGCAUGCUAUAUCGUUGUAGCAAGGGUGAACAGUAGCUUAUUAAUCCGAUAUCAGUUGCUCCUUUUGAGGAAUGGCUUAGGGCGUAUUCCUACAAAGUAGGAUCUACACCAAAAUAGAAUUUAAUGUUACUGGAUCCCAUGUAGAUCCUGC